UGGAAUCAUCUAAAAAUAUAACAGGUUCCAUGAGAACGGCACAGUUGGGCUCGGCAGGAAGAGAGGUCUUAGAGCCAGGCUAGCAUGGAGAACAGGACUUUCAAAUGCAGGUGGUGACCGAGAAGUCCGUGCCUGCUUCCUGAGGACUGCUCCGCCAUGCAGUGGCUGAUGAGGCUCCGGGUCCUUUGGGGCACCCACAAAUCCUGCCACACCUUACACCUGGCCCCUCGGACCUUGCGCUUCCAGUCUGUAUCAGCAACUGGCACCCCGAGAUGGAAUGACCAUGAUAGACCUGAGAAAUUUAACUUUGCCAGUGAUGUCCUGGACUACUGGACUCAAAUGGAGAAGGAAGGCAAGAGAGGCCCCAACCCAGCCCUGUGGUGGGUGAACAGCCAAGGAGAAGAAGUGAAGUGGAGUUUCAGAGAGCUGACAGACUUCACCUGCCGCGCAGCCAACGUCUUCACGCAGACCUGUGGCCUGCAGCAGGGAGACCGUCUCGCCUUGAUUCUGCCUCGAGUGCCUGAGUGGUGGCUGGUGGCCGUGGGCUGCAUCCGAACAGUCCUAACAACAGGAAAUGUGGGGAGAACGUCAAUGCUCUGGGGAACUUACCCAGGGAUUAUCUUCAUGCCAGGGACAACCCAGAUGAAGGCCAAGGACAUUCUCUACCGACUAAAGCAGUCGAAUGCCCAGAGCAUCGUGACCACAGAUGACCUUGCCCCGGAGGUGGACUCGGUGGCUUCUGAGUGUCCCGCUCUGAAAACCAAUCUAAGGAUUAUUGUGUUUCAAGCUUCUUGUAGGUGGGAACCUAAAAGAUUAUUCACAUAUAAAUAUGAAUGCAUAUAUAUGAAUAGAGGCCCCAUCACGAAAUUCGUACAAGAGUAA